CUCAAGCUUGCUUGCUGCAGCCGCGACGCCGCCGCUGCGUGCCAAUAGCACCGGUUACCGCAUUGGUUGCGCGCAUCGCUGCAUCGCCAGCGCGCGCCACAAAUCGCUCGCAAGAGCGCCCGCCACGGCUGAAAAGCGGUGGCAACCCAAGUGCAGCUCGGCACACAGCUCGCAAGAGCCGCGCGGCGGCAACGCUGCGUAAAAGAUGCCCAAGGGCCCGAGCAAAAGACAACAAAAAUUAGCCCAACGCCAAGCGUUAGCCAGGCAGGAAGCCGCCUACGACGCCGAGCCGGAAGUAGAUUAUGCGCCGCCCGACCCCAAUACAAAAAUAACCUGGCCUAGGAUGAUGGCCGGCCAGGUCGACGCCGGGAAGUUGCCGGCCGUCUGGCCCAAUAAUAUCAACCGCCUGAAGACGAUCCAAAAGGGUCGUAGAAUAAGUAAAGAGCAGUGCUGCGACAACCCGAUCGUCCAGGAGAUGGGCGAGGUCUGCCAGUUCCUCAAACUCACGCAUGUGAUGGAGCCGUACAAAGUGAUACCGCGAGACAACACGGCCUAUCCCGGCCGUAUAAGGGUCAAGAUCUUUGAUGAUGACGGCAAGCCCGUAAAUGAGGAGAUCAAAUGUAGGAUGGACCUGAUGCGGAAGAUGGGCGAGAUGAUUCCGAAGCUUACUAUCAGAGCGAAACGGAUCAAGCAGGAGAGAGAUCGGCACGAGCAGUACAAGGCGCAGUACGAGGCUUACGUCGAGAAGAAGAUCGAGAAGGCCGCCGGGCCGCGGAAGAAGAAGGCGGGCCGGAAGAAGGGACCGGGGAAGUAAUAGUUAUAUUAGUGGU